CUCCAACCCAGUGUUUAUUAUUCCCAUUAACUAUCCAUCAGCUCAUUGUUAACGACACUAACUGUGCCAUCAGAUAGGUCUAUACUCUGUCUUUCUCCAGGCGACUAUGCGCCAUUGAUAUAUCGAAUGAGCUGUCCCCAUAAUUAGCUGACCCUCCCAUCUUUACACCACGCGCGCGCGCAACUACCAUCAUGGCCGACUACUUCUCCUCGCCCUUCCCCACGACCCACGAUACGAUCGGCACCUCGACCCUUGCAACUCCUUACUUUAUGCCCUCGUCUCCUCCACGGAGAUACAGCGCCACCACGCUCGUCUCUCCGACUCGUACCAAAAGCGCCGGCUCUGAUCGCGUGUCGACCCCCAGAGAAGCGCCUCUUCGUAGGAACAGCUCCAGAAGAUCAUCUGUCGCCUCUAAUCGUGCGAGUGACCUCGAUGCCCGUCUGGCGAAUUACACUAUCGAUUUUAGCAAUUUUGCCAGCACGCAGUUUGGCCCCGACGACAAGGAUGAUCUCGAACCACUUCCCGACAUGACCUCUUUGCUUGAGGCGGACAAACUGUCGGAUGUGGGAGGCCCGGAGGAUUUUACCGUGAAUAUGGAGAAAUAUCUGUUUGGCAAUAGUCAGGCAUCCACACAGCAGGAGAAAUUGGAGCAGGCAGAAGAGGCCACGGGGCAGGAGAGAGAAGAUGAUGCCGAAGAGGCAGAGCAGCAGGAAACAUCCACCUUGCCCCCUCGUGCUAUCGAAGAUGAACCGGAGCUAGGGGAAGAGAGCGAAUUCGGGCCGCCAGUUGAUAUGUCGACGCCGUCUCAUCUCCUGCGCCGGUCAAGCGGGUUCGUCAAGGAAGUUACCCACCUCGAAGGAAUCGAAGAAGAUCCAACAGAUGAGCCGGAGAGCCCAGCUCCCACUCCGUCCGUUCGCCGGCAAAGUGUCGGCCACACGCAAGGGAAUCACAACGAGAAGCUGUACGAGGAGAUGCGCCGGCAGAUUGAGGAUCUGAAAAAGACAGUUCAAGACAGGGACGAGCAGAUUGCGAAGAAUCGCAAGCGUGUUCUGGAGGCGGCCUCCGCAGCGGAGCAGAUCAAGCAUCUUCAGUCGGAGUUGCAGCGCAAGUCCACAUUAUUGGAUGAUCUCAAUGCGAAACGGGGGGAGGAGUCUUUACUCCGCGAGCAGAUCCAGUUGCUGCAGAAGCAGAACGCCGAGAAGGAGACGCUGUUGCACAAGUCUACAGUUGAAAAAUCGGAAUUCAGCGCCCUUCAGCAGCAGAUCACCGAUCUGCAGGCAGACCUGCGCACCCACAAUACACAGCCAAGUCGGCAAGACUCAGAGCGGCUGGAGACAAUCGGUUUCCUCCGUGCGCAGUUGAGCGCGGCCCAGGAUCAGGUUGUAAAGAACGAAUUUCACUUGGAAGACGCCUUGACAAAAUUGAAGGAGGUGACAGCGGCGAAGGAGCAACAGCUACGAGAAAAGAAUACGGAGAUCGACACUCUCAAGGCGCAGGUCGAGGACCAGGCCUUGGACAUCGAAAAGCUGGAAUCGGAUUUGGACCAAGCAAACGAUGAGUACCAAACUCUCGAGGGCCGGUUUGCCUCUCUUGAGGACAAGAACCGGCCACUUGAAGAGAAGAAUAUCAGUUUGGAAGCAGAUCUGACGCGCGCCCAGACGGAAAUGACAGCCCAGCAGAACGCCCUCAAAGCGGUGGCCGCAGACUUCCCCAUGGGGGCAGGCGGCGACACGUACACGGAUAUUCUCGAAUUGAUCAAUAACCUUCACCAGCCCAACCACCCGGGAACCUCAGUGACACUACCCGUGGAUCCAGUGAACUCGGAGAUUGAGAAACUACGCGAGGAAAUCGCCAAUCUUCGAGCCCAGCUGAAAGAAGCCAUUGCUGCCAAAGAGUCACUGGAGGAGGAAUUGGGCCGUUCUCAAGACCAACUAACUGAGGCUGAAUCUCUUGUCAAAUCACUCGAGGGGGAGAAUUCGCGCCUGACAGCCCGAGUGGACGAUCUCAACGCCACCUUGAACAGAGUCCAGAGCGAACUCAGCCGCGUGAAAGAGGAACGGUCAGAAGCUCUGGCCACCAUCGAGCGUCUUCAGGGAGAGAAAGUCCAACAGCCUAGCCCUCCGCCCUCGCCGCCAAACACAACGCACGGCGCAGCUUCGGAGAAAAGCCGCGAGGCCGAGCUGCAAGAAUCCCACCAGGCACAACUCCAAGGCAUACAGACAGCGCAUGCCACUGCCGUAUCCACGCUGCGUGCUUCCCAUGCAGAAUCAGCGCGCAAGCUUCGCAAUCUCCUCGCCGCCGCAGAAAAGCGUGAGGCCGAUCUCCGGUCCGCGCUGCAAACGCUCCGUCAAUCCCAGUCCCAACACGAUUCCCAAGUUGAAUCGCUCGGCGUGGAGAUCAAGAGACUCGAGACCAUCAUCGCCAGCAAGGAGGAAGCCGCCGCCGCCCUCGACCAGCGCAUCGCCCGGUCCAUUGAGAAACGCGAGCGCGAAUGGGAGCGCCGCAUCGACCUGCUCCUUAAGGAAAGGGACCGUAUGGGCAAAGCCCUCCUCUGGACAUGGGGGGAGAAGGAACUUCCGGGCGUGACGGAGCAGGAGUCUACGGCUGGCCGGCGCCAUAGGCAGGGAUACCAAUACAAACAUGCAAAGAGGUAUGAGGAGGCUUAAAGAGAAGAAAAAGAUUUCUGGUCUGGUAUGCUUUGGUUACGAUGAUUAUAGUUCUAGAUAAUGAAGUAAUGACUUUGGGAUACC